UCAGCACAUCCGCCUGACCCGCAAGUGUUUACAAAUCAGCAGACAGUCCGACAGAGCAGAAUGAGGAGUCCUGCGUGAUCUGAACAGAGUCGUCUUUUUUUUCUUCUGAGUCGUGGCUGAGGAGAAUCACAAGACUGUGACAGUCCGGUUGGGUCGUGGUCAUGCAGCACCCAAAUUUCGAGACCCGCCACCCUCUCCAGACAGACGAGCAGCAGGAGACGGGCUUAGACCCGCUCAAUAAUUUCAACAAGAACCACAAUAGAGGAUCUCUUGAUGGAAGCACUUUCUCACAGCCUCAGUCCACCUUCCUCUCAUACAGGAAAGAAUGGGAUGACUUGUUCCUCAACAGUAAUUACCUGGCCCGGAUCCGGCAGGCAGGCAUCAACGGUCGACUGAGGAGCAGCCGCUUUCGGAGCGUGUGCUGGAAGUUAUAUCUGGAGGCUCUUCCAGAAGAUAAGGGUCAGUGGAUCAACAAGACCAAGGAGCUCCGAGCCCAGUAUGAAAAGAUCAAGGAGACGCACAUCACUAACCCCCGUAAGGCUGCAGGCCAGCAGGACCUGGUGGUCAACAAUCCACUGUCCCAGGAUGAAGGGAGCCUGUGGAACAAGUUCUUCCAAGAUAAAGAGCUAAAGGGGAUGAUCAAACAGGAUGUGUUGAGAACGUUCCCUGAGAUUCGUUACUUCCAGGACGAGGACGUGAGGUCCAAGCUGACGGACAUCCUCUUCUGUUAUGCCCGAGAAAAUGAACAGUUACUGUAUAAACAGGGAAUGCACGAGCUGCUGGCUCCCAUUGUGUUUGUGCUGCACUGUGACCACCAAGCCUUCCAGCACGCCAGCGAGACAGCCAGCCCCAGCGAGGAGAUGAAGUGUCUGUUGAACCCAGAGUACCUCGAGCACGAUGCCUAUGCCUUGUUCUCGCAGCUGAUGGAGACAGCAGAGCCGUGGUUCUCCAGCUACGAGAGGGAAGUGAGGAAGGGUAAGGAGGAGAUGUUGACCAGCAUCCCAUUUGCCCGGCCCCAGGACUCGGGGCCGUCUGUUGCCAUAGUGACCAAAGUCAACCGCAUCCAGGACCAGCUGGUGAAGAAGCACGAUGUUGAGCUGCAUAUGCACGUCAACCGGCUGGAGAUCGCCCCGCAGAUCUACGGCAUCCGGUGGGUACGUCUGCUUUUCGGCCGUGAGUUUCCGCUGCAGGACCUGCUGGUGGUUUGGGACGCCCUGUUUGCUGACAGCAUCACUCUGGACCUGGUGGACUACAUCUUUGUGGCCAUGCUGCUCUACAUUCGAGACGCCUUGAUUGCCAGUAACUUCCAGACCUGUCUGGGCCUGCUAAUGCACUACCCACCAUUAGGAGACAUCAACUCCCUGCUGCAGAAGGCUCUUUUCCUACGAGAUCCCAAAAACAAUCCCAGACCUGUCAAUUACCAGUUUCAGCAGAAUCUGGAUUACUACAAAACACGGGGGGCUGACCUGAUGAACAAAACACGAACUGGUUCUAGUACAAAGACGGCCCCGCUCAACAUCAACAAGGUCUCCAGCAGCCUGCUCAGUUUCGGCAGGAAGCUCAUCUCUCCGGCUAUAACCAGCGGCUCCAGCGGCGUCUCACCCAUCAACAGUGAGGUUCACUCCACCUCUUCGUCCUCCUCCUCCUUGACCGCUCCAUUAUCUUUGCCUGCGCCCACCUUGCCUCACCCGCUGGCUGAUCCCCCGUCAGGCCAAGCCCCUCCGCAGUUGCAGAGCCACACCCAGAAUCAGCACUACCGCCUGCUCAAGUCCGAGAGCAUGCCGGUCCACCUCAGCAAAGUUUCAGGUGCAGUGUCUCAGCUCACUACCCCAGCCCAGACUCUCACUGACACACAAGGCCAAAGCUCACGGACUGUCAGCUCCUCUCCCAGCAUAGAAAGCCUCUCGGGUGGGCGGGGUCAGUCCACCGCCUCCCCGCCUCUGCCCCCCUCCAGAGGGAGUGAUGUCAGCACUUCAUCUCCGCCCCUCUCCGCCACCAAGAAAGAGUCUUUCUUCAACAUCACUCGCUCCCGCUCCCACAGCAAGUCCAUGGGCAAGAAAGAGACGGAGGAGGACCUUGAAGCCCAGGUUUCAUUCCUGCAGGGUCAGAUCAACGACCUGGAGGCCAUGAGCAAAUACUGUGCCAAGAUGAUGAACGCUCACAUCUGUAAAAUCCAGGAAGUGAUUCUCCAAGAAAACCUGGAAAAAGAGGACGAGGUCUUAGUGUCUCUGGCUGGACUCAAACAGAUCAAAGACAUCCUCAAAGGGUCGCUGCGCUUCAACCAAAGCCAGCUGGAGGCGGAGGAGAACGAGGAGAUCACGAUCGCUGAUGAUCACUACACCGCCACAGCAGCAGCGGCAGCAGCCGCAGCCGCAGCCGAGGCUGCUCUGAGUGCCAACAAUCACCUCAGUGAUCACCAGCACGGACACGGCACGCGGGAGCGGGACUCUGACCUGGACGGGAGUGUGAGCACUGAUGAAAGAGAAGAAGAGCAGGCGGCGACACCACCUGAUCAACAAGUUGCAUCCUCUCUCGGCUCAGAGGGUAAAAACUGGGACGACUAUAUCCUCGUGUCCCAGGAUGGAGAUCUGCAGCCUGCAGAGGAGGGAGGAAGGGAGGCAGGAGGAAGGGCUGCGGCAGAGCGCACCCCUCCAAUCGGACGAGGGCGCGGCAUGGUGCGACUGGAACCCGAGGGCGCAGCCGGGACCUUCCACGACCCCCUCACGGCCGGACCCAACUCGGGCUCCUCCAGCCCAGAUGAGGGCUCCACCCACAGCAAGGACUCAGACUUCACCAUCGUGAACCCGAAUGACCUUUGAGCUAGCAAAUAACCUCUCCACCUCCUCUUCUUAUACCUGUUUAUCUUCCCGUUCACAGGAUGUGAUCCUUAAAAAAAACUGACUCAGAAUCAGAGGGUGGAGUUUGCAGAUUUUUUUCGGUGAAGCUAAAAAAAGAAAUUGCACAUGUGGACUGUGACACUUCCAGUCACAAACUUAUUAUACUCUGUCUCUUUACCUGGCAUCUGUCUGAGCUGAUGCCGAAUGCUUUCUCAUCUAAUGCCUGUCUCCUCACCGUGUUGUCUCGUUAUAUUUAACUGUGGCACCCUGCUCCACAGAGAGAGGGUGCCAUCUUACUACACGAUUACUCUGAAGAGUUGGACCUCAAAAUGCAUUUGUUCACAGGGGAGGACCCUCAACCCCCAGAGCUUACUGUAAUGUCGGAAGUGUGUCGCUCUGUUUCUUCUGAAUGUGGAGAUGUGACCGUUCCUCUUCCUGUGUUAUGUCUGUCUGUCUGUCUGCGUCCUUACAGAAGAUGUUUUCUGCUCAAAGGAAAGCCAUCUGCUUCUCUCCCCCUCCUCAACCAGUGCCUCUGACCAUUAUCCUCCUCAACCAAAAAACCUGACUCUGUGAUCUUAUUAUUUUUGUUAGUUUUUCUCUUCUUUUUUUUUUAAACCUUAUUUUUAACCCUUAGACCUUUAGUUUCCUGGAUACAAAUGGAAUAGGUCUUUUUUUUGUCUACUUUUUUUGUUUUUAAAUUGAUUCCUAUGUGGACAUUUUAAUGUGUUAAUUCAUAGUUUUUCAUUCAUAACUGAGUUGUUUUCGUGUCCCGUGGAAACCAUGUAAAGCAGCACACACACACACACACACGAAGAAUGUUCCUCUAGCUGCUCAUUCAAUAUAAUUAACUCAAGUCCAAUAAAACUACAUAGCUCUUGCUACACACUGAA